AUGGUGGUGGACAGUGGUGGUGAUGGUGAUGGCGGUGGAGAUGAUUAUUCUGGAAUUGACCUUACAUUCGACGAGAUCAUAGACGCCGACAUCAUUCCGACCCAGUGUCCAGGCACCCAAUGUAUCUGCCUUGGAGAUGACCAGCUUCCGCUCUCCGGGCGCAUCAAUUCCUUUCUUUUCACGUCCCGAUCAAUCUCCGAAGACAACAUCCAAAAUAGCCACUUCUCGAUCCCAACGCUCCUCUGUGGUUGCACUCAUCCGACUUAA